CCAAUAGGCUCGGGUUAUGUAUGAUUUUGCUGCUGAGCCUGGCAAUAAUGAACUGACGGUUAAUGAAGGAGAAAUCAUCACAAUUACAAAUCCGGAUGUUGGUGGAGGAUGGCUGGAAGGAAGAAACAGCAAAGGAGAACGGGGGCUUGUUCCCACAGACUAUGUUGAAAUUUUGCCCAACGAUGGAAAAGACCCAUUUUCUUGUGGAAAUUCAGUGGCUGACCAGGCCUUCCUCGAUUCCCUCUCAGCAAGUACAGCUCAGGCCAAUUCGUCAGCUGCCAACAGUAACAACCAGCAGGUCAGCAGUGGCAAUGACCCCUGGUCAGCCUGGAGUGCUUCCAAAUCUGGAAACUGGGACAGCACGGAUGGCUGGGGGGCCAAGCCAGAGGGGACCACGGCCCAGAGAAACACCUCCAAUAACUGGGACACUGCCUUUGGUCACCCCCAGGCCUACCAAGGACCAGCCACCGGUGAUGAUGAUGAGUGGGACGAAGACUGGGACGACCCCAAGUCCGCUGCUCCCUACUUCAAGGAUUCAGAGUCAACAGAAGCAGGGGGUGCUCAGCGGGGCAACAGCCGAGCUGGCUCCUCAUCCAUGAAGCUGCCACUCAACAAAUUUCCUGGAUUUGCAAAACCUGGAAUGGAACAGUAUUUGUUGGCCAAGCAACUAGCAAAACCCAAAGAGAAAAUUCCUAUCAUUGUCGGAGAUUAUGGCCCAAUGUGGGUUUAUCCUACCUCUACGUUUGACUGUGUGGUAGCAGAUCCCAGGAAAGGCUCCAAAAUGUACGGUCUGAAAAGCUACAUUGAAUAUCAGUUAACACCUACUAACACUAAUCGAUCUGUAAACCACAGGUACAAGCACUUUGACUGGUUAUAUGAACGUCUCCUGGUUAAGUUUGGGUCAGCCAUUCCAAUUCCUUCUCUCCCAGAUAAGCAAGUCACAGGUCGCUUCGAAGAAGAGUUUAUCAAAAUGCGCAUGGAGAGGCUCCAGGCAUGGAUGACCAGGAUGUGUCGUCACCCAGUAAUCUCAGAAAGUGAGCUUUUCCAGCAAUUUCUAAAUUUCCGAGAUGAAAAGGUAGGACCUGUUAUUAUGGUAGUCUUAGGUCAUAUUGAGAAUUGUCACAUUCACAUCAAUUUUAUGUCUGAAAGUUAAAAUUAUGUCAGUUAGCUAUUUCUCAUUUCCUCCAAAGACAAAGAGGGGACAGAAACCUAGGUCUUCACCAUAGGAAAUAAGUCACGCUAUGUGGAAGAAUGCUUGCCAGAAUGGUUUUCCAUAAAUUGGGAAUGGACUGGCCCAGAGUUGGCAGGAAGUGAAUGAUGUGAUAGUGUGAGGAAUUUUUUUCCCUAGAUGCUUUUAAAAAUACCCAAACUGGAUCCAGGAUAUUAUCCAUAUGAAGUGAAGGAAAUAG